AAGGAUUCCCGUUUGGACCAUACUUCUUAUCCAUAUGUUUGUAGUCACGAAGGUGCCGACCACACCAAUCCUUUGUGAGACGAAAAGCUAGAAACAGAAGCAGGAGUUUUUAGCCCACUACUACUAGUUUACUACAACUUCAAGAGGAAAGAUGUUUGGAACAUUAUCUGAUGAGCUUGAGGUCAAGGCGCCCGCAAGUGAAGCUUGGAAAGUGUAUGGGACGCUGCUACUGGCGGAUGUGGUUCGCCAACAACUUCCUGAUGUUCUACACAAGAUCGACGUACUAGAGGGCGAUGGUGGUCCGGGGACCAAACUGAAGCUCACUUUCCCACCGGAUAACAAGCUGAUAUCCUACUCCAAAGAGCAGUUUGUGGUGGUGGAUGACCAGAAAAUGGUGAAAGUAGCAGAGGUUUUUGAAGGUGGAUAUCUCAACCUGGGGUUUACGCUCUAUCGAGUUACUUUCCAAGUAUUUCCAAAUCUAAAUGAUGCAUCUUCAUGCACCACCAAGUGCAUUCUUGACUAUGAGCUCAAGGAAGAUGCUGCUGAAAAUGCUUCUCUUAUCAAUAUUCAGCCCUUCACUGCCAUCAUGAAAGCUGCUGCCAAUUAUCUUGAGACAGGCAAUGCCACACCCACUACAACAACCAACAAUUGAUCGCUCAUGACUAGAUAUACUGCUUGUCUAUUUUUCCUUUCUUCGUUGGUUUCUCCAUAAUAAUCCUUUUUUUUGGCUUGGGUAGUUUUUCCUUUUCCUCUACACUUCUUUUUCUUCUUUCUGGGGGGCUUCCUUUUCUGUUCUGUAGUCCUUUCCUGGAUUGGGUCUAGGAAGGAUGUUGAAUAACAAACGAAUGCUUGUGUUUGUGUAUUGAUAUUGUGUGUUAAACGAAUUCAUAUAUAGCGAAAACAAUUUUACCGCUAUUUA